UGUAAUCAAUUGCAGCCAGGAAUACCAAAGUGCUUGUUUUCACAAGGACAAAUGCGUAUUUUACGCAUUACGCGCGAUCCAGAAGUCCAUUAUCUGCACUUUGCACGGCUCUCCCUUUAACGUUUCAAUCAGUAGACGUGAUUACUGAGUUGAACUUUGAGACCUACUAGAUAGCAAACGUAUUGGAGCAGCAGUGUUGUUUCAUCACAGAUCAAAAGGCAACGGGGUGACACACUUUAAUGAUCUCCGUCCCUCGGUGGCAGUGGAGAGGACACUGGCUUCUAACAUGCCUCGCUUCACAACCAAGCGUGUUUAGCAGAUAAUAUUUCGAUCUGGACAUAUCUUUCUAAAAAAAAGAGGUCAAACAAUUCGUUUUUAACAAUGCGGCCUCCGGUGGACGUCUGCGUGUUGAUCCUUUCUCUCUCGGCUCCUGGAGUUUUGAAGGCCAUGGACAACAUCCCUGCACUUCAGGAACCUCUUCCUAUCCUGGGAAUGGGAAUGGUCGUCCUGGGACUUAUUAAUCUUCUCCUCCUCCUCACUGUGCGAAACCAGAAGAAUGUGGACCCCUUAUUCUAUGUAUUUGCAGGGUUUUCCUUCACCUGCAUGGUGGGCCUGACCAAUGCAUUAGAGCAGGAUGGGUUCAUCUCUGGCUUCAUGGCCUUCUACCUAAAGAUGGGUGAGCCUCAUCUAAAAACAGCCUACGCUGUGAUGAUGUCUUACUGGGACGGCAUCGUUCACUUGCUCCUCUUCCUCACCAUCAUCCACCGCAUGUUCAAAGGGAAGUCCUAUCGUAGCCUGGGGCUGCUGUGGGCCGGCUCCUCCAUCGGCCAUCAAAUUGUUCACAUCCCAGGAGUGGUUAUUGGUAAAUACGGGUCUAACAUUCAACCAGCCUUUUGGAGGAACGUCCCGUUCUUCUUGCUGCCUUUCUGGGCGGCCUCGCUGCUCUUUAGCCGACCCAGAGAGAUGCCAGUCGUAACAGCAGACAAGAUUAUAGCCGAGCAGAAGAAAGGAUUGCUGUCUCGACCCGUUGACCUGCUUCUAUCUCUUCUGUUACUCGGAGCAAUGGCCUUCUCUGUAUUCAGAGGCUUUGUGGUGCUGGACUGUCCUCUGGACGCCUGUUUCACCUAUGUCUACCAAUACGAGCCCUACCUCAAAGACCCAGUUGGCUUUCCAAGAGUUACGAUGCUGGUGUAUUUUUUCUAUGCUCUGCCCCUGCUGACUGUCUUCACCUAUGGUCUGAGAACACCUGGAUGCAGCUGGAUGUUGGACUGGACCAUCUUCUUUGCUGGGGCCAUGGCUCAGACCCAGUGGUGCCAUAUCGGAGCAUCUCUGCACUCCCGCACUCCCUUCACGUACCGAGUCCCAGCAGACAAAUGGUGGCCUGUUAUCACCCUCAAUGUGCUGCUGGUUGCUGCGCCGGCUCUGCUGGCCCUGCGCUGCCGCAACAACCCCGCUUAUUUUCUGAAACCUGUUCCCGAGGGACAGACCAACAACGAGAAGAAGAAAAACUAGACCACACACCAGCCACGGACUGUUGAGGAAUAAUUCACGCUGUGACAAGGCUAAUGUUUUCUGGGGACUCUCUUUGGCGCACAAACUGCAUUAACACACUUUAUCAACUUCAAACUCAGAUGGAAUCUUAAAAAAACGUCACCUCGCGCAGCGGCAGCACUCCCUGCAUGGACUAUUGGACCCUGAUAAGAAGGCUGUUGAUGGAGUUGAGGACUGUGAUCAGCUUUCAGGUGACUCAUGCAGAUACCCAGUUGGUAUCUUCCCAAACUAAGACUAUUAACCUGGAUCAUACAGUUUAGCAACACACUACUGGAGAGUAACAGUCAGCAUUAUGCAUCUUUUUGUAUGCAGAAAUCCACAGCACAACUCCACAGUUGGAAGUUUGUUUUUACUGAUCUAAAAUGCAGUUUCAGUUGUUUAAAAACUGUGAAUAUAAGAAGAAGACUCACUGAAUGCUUAAAAUGCUGAAUAACUAAGAGUUGAUGAUAAGUUAGAUAAUAGCAGAUGCUAUUCAAAUGGAGAAUUUGAUGAAGGAAAAACUCAACCUGGUGCCCUAUAUUGUGUCAAAUAUUUGACUUUCAUUAUGUCACUGGGGCAGCAACCAACAAUGACAUUCUUAUUAAUUGUUUAAUCAUUUGGUCUAGAAAAUAAUGAAAAAUGUCCAUCAUAAUUUCCAAAAGCCCAUUGUGACAUUGUUUGUGUUGUCUGACUAACAGCUCAAAACCCAAAGAUAUUCAGUUUACAAUGAUUGGAGAAGCUGAAACCAGAGAUUAUUUGGUGUGCUUGAUAAGUGACUUAAAUGAUUAAUUGAUUAUCAAAAUAAUUCUGUCCAGCAACUAAUUGAUUAAUCAAUUUCCACUAUAAUUCUGACUGCAUCUUAGAGUGGUUUUCCAUGUUUUUAUGUUCCACUUUAUUUUGUACAAUAAAAACAAAUGGAGCACUGAA